GUGGCGGCAGCGAGCGAGGGAGCACAGCGGAAAUGCAGACACGUAUCCGCCUGGCCGUCGUUAGCCGAAAGAAGAACAAGCGAGGGGUCGCCUCUGUAUGAAGACAACGACGACGGGAACUUUUCCGCCAUCGAAAUAGUUUGAAUCCUCUUUUGAAGACGCUUGCCAAAUUGAUUGCAACCACCAUUCUCGCCGUCCAGAUUCCAGUUAAGGAUCGUGGACGCUUGUAUCCGCUCUAAACAAAACAUUUCUGAGCAUUUCCAAAAAUCCGAGGAACGAAUCCGCGAAACCUUGGGACCAAGUCAUGUCUCGCCGAAGAAGUCGGAGUUCAUCACCGGUGCACUUCUCAGGCAACUGUAGCAGCAAUGAUCCCCGGGAAAUGGAACGAAGGAUUUUUGUUGGGAAUUUGCCGACAUCCGACAUGAAAAAGAAGGAUUUGGAAGAGCUUUUCAGCCCAUACGGAAAGAUACUUGGCGUUUCCCUGUUUCGUGGCUAUGGAUUUGUACAAUUUGAACGCAUAGAAGAUGCAGAAGCUGCAAAAGUGGCCCAAAAGGGGCGAUUUUAUAAAGGUUAUAAAAUAGAUGUAAAUAUGGCAGUGGAGCGACGGUCAGCUAAACCUCAUUCCCAGCAGAGCCCUCCACGCAGGCCAUAUGGCGGUUAUGGGGACGGCAAGGAUCCCCGGCCUCGUUCCCGCUCUCCAGUUUUGCCCCGCAACAGCCGAGAUCGCGACGCACGCGAACCCCGAGAUCGUGACAGCCGUGACGGGAGGGACCCAAGGGAUCCAGCUAGAGAUCCCGGCCGAGAGCCAAGGCUGGGAAGCCAUCCUCGCGACCAUGAGUACCGUUUCCGCGGUCAGGAGACCAGAGACAAGGACCUGAGAGGACCUCCGCGAGAUCUCCCUUACAACAGAGAGGAUUAUGAUCGUUACCACCGUGGUGGGAAUGGCCCUGAUGACUUCUAUGGGAGAAGGAAGGAUGAGCCAUACAGGGACCAGUACAGGGAGCCCUGGAAUGGACGCCGGGAUCCUGAAGAUGACCGCGUUCGCCCUGAGGAACGCCGGCGUAACGAGCUUUAUCGCCAGUACUAUGAGGAACUGCAGCGUCGCCACGACACUGAACGUCCUGUAGACUGCUCCGUGAUCGUCGUCAACAAGGCCCAGAAUAGGGAGUAUGCUGAGAUGGUUGGCCGCAAAGUCCACGACUUGGGCAUGGUGGUAGACCUGAUCUUCCUCAAUACCGAGGUGUCCCUGACUCAGGCCCUUGAGGAUGUGGGCCGCGCUCGCACGCCAUUUGCCAUCAUCAUUACCCAGCAGCACCAGGUUCACCGAUCCUGCACCGUCAACAUCCUGUUUGGAACACCUCAAGAGCACCGCAACAUGCCGAUGCAGGACGCCAUGAUGCUGAUUGGGCACAACUACGACGCCUUCAAGAUGGAGACGCGCGAGAAAGAGCGCGAGGAGAUCGCCCGCAAGGCCGCCAAAAUGGCCGACGACGUGCUGCUCCGCGACCCCGACCGCGAGAGCCACCCCGUCUCGAUGCUCACAUCCAUCAUGCUACUCUCCGAGAACAGGUUUUUAACGCCUGAAGAACUGGGAGGUCUGAUUGUGUACCUCACUGACAAACGGGCGCGGCUGUUGCGAAAUUCCUCGGACCCUCACGCAGCUACGGCCCUGCCCGCCACGGCCAACGCCGCGCCCUCUGCUGCGGCGCUUCCCGCGGUGAGGGCGGCGGGCGUGGCGCCGGGCUUGCCGGGACCACAGCAACCCGGCCACAUGGCACCGCACGGCGGCCUCAUGGGGGCCCAGUCCGGUCUCAUGACUGCACAGUCAGGCCACCUGGCGCCUCAGUCCGGUCUCAUGGCACCACAGCAGUCUAGCCAGAUGGCGGUUCAGUCCAGCCCCAUGGGAGCCCAAUCCGGCCUCAUGGCGCCCCAAUCCGGCCUCAUGGCGCCCCAAUCCGGCCUCAUGGCGCCCCAAUCCGGCCUCAUGGCGCCCCAAUCCGGCCUCAUGGCGCCCCAGUCCGGACUCAUGGCACCCCAGUCGACACCGCUGAGUACCCAGACCACCCCCAACCAGGAGCUCCAGGCCAAGAUCCUCAGCCUGUUCAAAAGCAGCUCGUCCAUGCAAGGAAGCACAUCAACCUCCUCCUCCGUCCAAUCUCAGGGCUACGGUGGCCCCAUGGGCCGCGCGACAUCCGCCGCUACACCGGGCGGUCCGAGAGGCGCCAACUCCGGCGGCGGCAUUAAUUUUGAUAACCCGAGCGUCCAGAAAGCUCUGGAUACUCUGAUCCAGAGUGGACCAGCUCUCAACCACCUGGUGAACUCUGGUGGGUUGCAACCUCAACCGCAGCAGCAGCAGCAACCGCAGCAGCAGCAGCAGCAAAUGAUGCACCACCAACCGCAAAUGCAUCACCAACAACAACAACAGCAACAGCAGCAGCAACAGCAGCAGCAGCUCCCACCAGCGAGACCAGCAGGCAACAUGGGCCAAAUGUCACAGAUGUACCCCCGACACUACUAAGUAUUAGCAGGUGUUAAUAGAUAUUUUGUAAACGUUUUUAACCUUCUCUUUGUUCUUUUUUUUUAAUGUGUUGAGAAUGUUUGCAUCCCAUGCUUUAGUUAAUUUUUCUGUGGGUAUCAUGACGACAAUUCCAGCAUGAGAACGUUUGAGUUCAUUGACUCUUCCUGCUCCUCCUCCUCUUUGUGUUCAUUAAAAAAAAAAAGUCACCACACAACUGCUGUAAUAAAAUGGUAUUGGUUUAUUGCAUUUUGUGCUGACAAAUCUAUAAAAUAGAGCGGGUAUCAUAGCCAGUAGCCAUAGAGAUAGAAGCAUUUUUUUUUUUUUUAAUGUACCAUGAAACACAAUAGAGAGAAUACAUGUUGACUUCUU